CCAUGACAGCCCGAUGAAAUGAUAUGAGAUGACUUUAUUCCUCACACUCUCACAAUGCUCUCUGCUUUCACAGCUCGACCCGUUGUCGAGCUCAAGCAGCGCGACAAGUCUAAAAUCGAGUCCCUGCUGGCCUAUGGAGACAGAGUGCUCGUAGGUCUGAAUACUGGCGCUUUGCGCAUCUACCGAGUCAACGAAGCGACCGAAGAUGACGAUCCUCCUCCACAUAACAACGGCUCGCAGAACGGAGACCCAGCGCCCGAAGCGCAUACGACCAAAGUUCGACCGGCUGAUCUUUUGCGCGAAGAGGAGAAGUUUUCGCGACGGCCGAUACAGCAACUGGCCAUAAUCAAGGAGUCCAAUAUACUGGUCUCCCUCUCGGAUAAUCAUGUCUCCAUACACGAUCUUCAGACGUAUACGCUACAGGAGAAGUUGGAGAAGACGCGCGGAGCUUCUACUUUCGCGGUUACGAGCAACAUCGUAAAGGACCCCAGUACGGGAAUCCCGAGCAUCAUGAGCAGAUUGGCCGUUGCAGUAAAGAGAAAGAUUAUACUGUGGACAUGGCAGGACAUGGAGCUCAACGGGGAGGCGACCGAGAUCACGCUGGUCGCAUCAGUCAAGAGCCUGACCUGGGCCACCGGAACCAAGAUUGUCGCGGGAAUGGAUCCAGGAUUCGUGAUCGUCGAUGUGGAGACCCAGGACGUUCAGGACAUCGUCAAACCUGGAGCGUUGGGGGAAGCAGGCGGGAAGGAAGGCGCACGCUUUGGUGCUGUGUCAUCCUCAGGCAUGGGUUACAUGGGAAUGGGCAGCUGGGUACCAAAACCCCUUGCUACGAGGUUAGGGGAAGGAGAGAUGCUGCUCGCCAAAGAUGUCAACAGUCUAUUUAUCGACACCGACGGUAAUGCCCUCGAUAAGCGGCAGGUCCCAUGGCCAUCGGCGCCAGACAGUCUCGCAUACUCGUAUCCAUAUAUGCUCGCCCUACAGGCACCAUCGAAAGGCGGGCUUGAGGUACGAAAUCCCGACACAAUGAGUUUGCUACAGACUAUUUCGCUGCCCAAUGCAAACUUUAUGUCCGUUCCACAACCAAACAUUAGCUUGGCACACGCGGGCAAGGGGUUUCUUAUUGCGAGCGACCGGUGCAUCUGGAGAAUGGGUGCGCAAGAUUACGAAUCUCAAAUCGAUGAGCUCGUGGCAAACGCCCGUUACGACGAAGCUCUAAGUCUACUCAACAUGCUCGAGGAUACAUUACUACACGACAGUGAAGGUCGAAUCCGUGAAAUAAGGAUGUUGAAGGCACAAUCACUCUUUGAUCUGCGCAAGUUCCAAGAAGCUAUGGACCUGUUUACCGAUGCAAAAGCUCCGCCCGAGCGCGUCAUCGCCCUGUAUCCAAGGUCGAUUGCGGGCAAGUACUCUGCAGCAGAGAGUGUAAAAGAUACAGAAAGUGUCGUGGACGAAGAGGAAGAUGAAAUCAAUAGCGAGAAAACAUCACCUGAUUCCAAGGACACCCCUCAGCCUCCACCUUCUACUAUCGGACGUUCCAUGAUGGGCCGGUUGUACGGGCACAAAAAGGCCGAUUCUGAGACUGCCUCUGUCAAGUCUGCUGCUAAGGACGACACGACUGAUACUGCGAGUCUCAAGGGCAAGACAUCGGAGACCAUUGUACCUGACAAGUGUUUGGAAGGACAGGACUUGAGGGAUGCCGUUCGUGCACUGCAGGUUUUUCUUGCGCAGUGCCGUGUUCAGAUCAAACGAUACAUCGACACAGACGGUGUUCUAAAAGAGCCGCUGCCUGAACAAAGCGAGAGUCAAGCUGAAGAAUAUAAGCCAGCUUUCCACUACUUUGUACAGCAUUCGGGUCCGCCUUCCGGGAUCGACUGGGCCGCCGAGCUAGCGAAAGUUGCGCAAUUGGUAGACACCACACUCUUCCGGGCGUACAUGCUCGCAAGUCCAGGCCUGGCAGGCCCACUCUUCCGCCUGCCCAACUUCUGUGAACCAGAUGUCGUUCAAGAGAAGCUGUAUGAGACUGGUCGAUACGCAGACCUGAUUGAUUUCCUCCACGGAAAAAAGCUUCAUCGUCAAGCUUUGGAAUUACUGGCGAAAUUUGGCAAGAACGAAGCCGACGAAGAAGUGUCGGCAGCGCUCCAAGGUCCCCAACGCACGGUUGGGUACUUGCAGCAACUGCCACCAGAGAUGCUAGAUCUGAUUCUGGAGUUCGCGGAGUGGCCUUUACGAACGGAUCCAGCGCUUGGCAUGGAUGUUUUCCUGGCUGACACAGAGAAUGCAGAAACUCUACCUCGUCCUCCAGUAGUAGAGUAUCUUGAAAAGAUUGAUUCAAAACUCUCAGUCAAGUACCUGGAACACAUAAUUGAAGAGCUCAACGAUACAACCCCCGAUUUUCACCAGAGACUAGUGGAUUUGUUCCUGGAGAGGUUCAAAGCCGGGGAGUUUGAAGAUGACGAGGAGAAAGAGAGAUGGAUGAAACGGUUGCAAACGUUCCUCAGAACAAGCGCUUCAUACAACAGAUCUCGCGUACUCCGACAAAUGCCAUCCAGCGACCCCAAUUACUUCGAAGCAAGAGCGAUUGUACUGAGUAAGAUGGGCCAGCAUAGACAAGCCCUACAGAUUUACGUGUUCCAAUUAAAGGACUACGAUAAAGCAGAAGAAUAUUGCAACCAAACCUAUCUCACAGCCUCAAAUCCCUCUUCCCCAACCAGAACCACACAUUCGACAACAACAUCAUCCUCUGACGCCGACUCCACCGAGCCAUCCAUAUACCACAUCCUCCUCUCCCUCUACCUCCAACCCCCACCCCCACACCAGCCGAACUGGCCACCAGCCCUAGACCUCCUCUCCAAGCACGGCGCACGCCUCCCAGCCUCCACAACCCUCGACCUCGUACCCCCCUCCCUUCCCGUCAAAGACCUCUCCUCCUAUUUCCUAGGCCGCAUCCGCAACGCCAACUCGCUCCUCAACGAAGAGCGCAUCGUCGCGCGCCUCCGCGCCGUUGAGAAAAUCGACGUAGAAGCGCAGGUGCGUCUCGGCGAUGUCGAGCGCGUCGAUCAGCAAGGCCGUAGGGUUCCUGGCGGGUUGAAUCGCAGAGUCGUUGUUACAGAGGAUCGCCAUUGUGCGGUUUGUCAUAAGAGGUUUGGUGGGAGUGCUAUUCGUGUUUAUCCGGAUAACAGUGUGGUGCAUUCGGGCUGUCUGAGGGGCAGUGUUGGGAGGAAGGGGGGUGCUGCUACGUUUGCCGCUGCGUCGUCGGGGGGUAGUGGUGGGUGGCGGUGAGGUGUAGACUUUUUUUUUCUGAUUCCUUUUUGAAUCUUCGAAUGCUGGAUUGUUGUACCAUGAAGGCGAGAGUGGAGUGGGAUGGCGUGUAUGAUCGUCACUGUCGAGCUCGUACCGUUUGUAAAUAUGUUCCAACGAGGGAGGAAAGGUGCAUUUUGACAAAAGCUCGAAUCUCAUUAUGUCAGGUGUCAAUGUCUUGACACACGCGGAGCAGGAUGAAUUUACAUCUUUGUAUAUAAAUACGUUUAUCAGCAAAUCUGACCUUCUUCCUCGUUCAUCCGUGCGCCGAAACCUUUCCCCCCUUUUCUUUGCGCCAUCCUUGACUUUUCUUCCCGUUUCUUCUACUGGGAUUGAUUUUCAUGUGCACGAGGACUAUACGUCAAGUCGCUGCUUCCGCAUUCUCGAUAUACUUUCAACAGAAUCUGGUUCCAGCUUGACGAUAAUGAAGCCAUCGUGAUCAAUAAGUCUCAGUAGAAGCAUAACGUUAAGAAGAAAUAACAACUUUGUAAAACCUAUUCUUACAUUGACAUGCCCAACUAAACGCCAGCAGCAGAUUGGUGGUUCGCUAUCAUUAGGCCUGCUGCUCCAUGUCAACUUUACAGCCCCGCAUUUUCUUGCGCCUCUAUU